AUGCAAGCCAGCCUAGACGCAAACGGGAACGAGGGAGCCAGACCGAUGGUCCGGAGCGCGUGUGAUGGGCAAGUGCCCGUUCUUGCCCUCGCUACACCAUCCGACAUGCGUCGAGAUGGCCAGAAAUGUCAAAUCGGGCAUGGGCAUUGGUGGUUUGCCCAUCUGCUGUGCACCAUGCAAGAUGCGAUGGGUAAAAACCGGAUGAUGUCCUAG